AGCACAGUUUAAUCGGCGCAUGGCACUUUUUGGAGCCACUUUGUUUUGUGGGGCGCGUGUAGUUUGUUUUCUUUCCACUUUUAUUGUUAUUUUUAUAAAAAUUCAUUAAUAAAUAAAAAAAAUAUUAAAAAAUUAACAUGAAUCUAUUGCCAAAAUCCCAUGAAGAAUUCGCACAAACCGACUAUUGGAAUGCCUUCUUUAAGAAGCGAGGAGAAAAGGCUUUUGAAUGGUAUGGUGAAUAUUUGGAAUUAUGUGAACAAAUACACAAAUAUGUGAAGACCAAUGAUAAAAUCCUUAUGUUAGGUUGUGGUAAUUCCAAACUCAGUAUGGAUAUGUACGAUUCAGGAUUUAAAGGUAUUGUCAAUAUUGAUAUCUCCGCUGUGGCUAUUAAGAAAAUGCAGGAAAUCAAUAGCCGCUCUAGAUCGGAUAUGAAAUUCUUGCAAAUGGAUGCUACAGAGAUGUCAUUUGAGAAUGAACAAUUUUCGGUGGCUUUGGAUAAGGGUACUCUAGAUGCCUUGUUUGUUGAUGAUACCCCGGAAGUAAGGGAUACGGUGGAAAAGUAUUUUAAAGAAAUAAGUCGAGUUUUACGUACUGGUGGUCGUUAUAUUUGUAUUUCUUUGCUACAAGAACAUAUUUUAAAAUAUGUUAUUGAAUAUUUCCCUAAGAACUCUUUUAUGUUGCGUAUAGUUCAGUGUUUGGAUGCACAGAAAGCUAAUCAAGAGAAAAAUGCCGAUAAUCCAGAUGCUGUUUCAAUGCCUGUUUUCGCAUUGGUGGCUACUAAGUUUAAAGCGUUACCCAUGCCGAUUUUAGAAUUCAGUUUUAGCAGCGACAAAAUUCAACGUUUAAAUUCAACACAAGAACUGGAAAAUGCUGUAGCAUCAAUACAAAGAGCCGCCCUAGUUUGCAAUGGUUUGGCGCGCAGCAAUAUAGCUGGUCACAACGAAGUUACAAUGGAAUUGUGUAAACCCGGCGAAACAAGUCCACGUUAUACUAUACACAUAUUGGAUCAGCCACCCGCCAGAGGUUUUGGCAAAUAUGCUGCCUUUAUAGUGCCACAAGGAAGAGAAAUUGAAUGGUUAUUUUCUACCACUGAAGGUCGUAAAAAGCUGCAGUGUUCAGCGAAAUUUCAACGUAUGGCUGUUGUAACAUUACACCGUGACCAAGUGUAUGAAUCUUUGGAUGCAGUCAAAGCGGAAUUGUCGGAAAAUGUUAAAAGUUUAGCUCCCUUAGGCUUGAAAGAGCAGAUACCUUUCUUAUCACUCGGCUCAGAUGUGGGUAAGCGUGAGACCUUAGUUUGUGGCUUUUCCAAAAUAUCUGGUGAUUUUAGAGUAGAAGAAGUUGAAGAUGCUGAUGGCAGAAUUUUGCGUCGUUUAGUAUUUUUAAACAAUCAAUUUGUGGUACAAUCUGAAGCUUUAGUUAAAACGAUAAAGCCUAAAGAUCAAAAACUUGAGCGUAAAAUAAUUGAUAUUGGUUAUUUGGCUUGCCAACAUCAUUUGUAUAUGUCGGUGGGUGUGCAAUUGGCUACCGCAGGCCCUAUACAAAAUAACGAACUUAAAAAUGUGUUAGUUGUGGGUUUAGGUGGUGGUGGUUUAUGCAGCUUUUUACAUGCAGCAUUACCUAAUUUAUGUGUUACGGCUGUGGAAAUAGAUCCCAUGAUGCUAGAAGUUGCCGAACAACAUUUUGAUCUUAAACAAGACAAACGUCUAAAUGUGGUUAUUGAUGAUGGUUUGGCGUUUCUGCAAAAUUGCAAAAAUGAAGGCAUUAACUACGAUGCUGUGUUAUUCGAUGUCGACAGUAAGGACUUAACAUUAGGCAUGAGCUGUCCACCACCCACUUUCUUAGCCGAUACAGUGUUAUCGAAUAUUACUAGCAUUAUAGGUGAUAAGGGAUUAUUUAUUUUGAAUUUAGUUUGUCGUGAUGAAACAUUACGUGCAAAUGCUUUAGAAUCAAUGAAGAAAGUUUUUCCCUUUAUUUGUACGUAUAAACUUGAUGAGGACAUCAAUGAAGUUGUUUAUUGUACAAAUAAUUCAAAAUUUGCAAAUCUUAAAAAUUGGAAAAAAUUAUUGGGUUCAGCGGGUAGAAAUUUAAAUGCUGCUGUGAAAAGUAAAAAGUUAAAUGCUGACGAUAUGCUGGAUGUGACGGAGUUUAUGAAAGAUUUGAAAUUGUAAAAUG